AAUGAAAAUUAAUAUCAGAAAUCAGAAUUCAGAAAAUACCUACAAUAUAAAAUAUAUUAAUAUGAAAUUGAAUUUAUUCUGUAUUAGUGUGUUAAUGGUUUAAUAAUUAAAAUUUUAAAUAUUUAAUAUCAACUAAUAAUACAUUUUACUUUCAACACAGAAUAUAUGAAUACUAAUUAUUAUAAUAUAAUAUAAUAUAUUAUGGUUUAAAAUACUGUAUAGCUUUAUAGAAAUAUACGAGUAUUAAAUUUUGUUUUAUUUUUGUUUGUACUAGACUAAAUAAAUAGAUCAAUUAUUUAAAUUAUAAAUAUGAACGAGGAAAAUACAGACACAAAACCCAAAGAUUUGGAUUUAUGGAUGAUACGUCCAUGUGACAUGUAUAACACUGAGUAUGGUGAGUGUACUUCAAUAUCAUCAAGAUUACAUCAGAUGUUUGUUCAUGGAAGUACAGUAGAUUGCAACCAUUGGCACACAGACUAUACAAAUUGUUUAAAAUGGAAAAAUGACAAAAAUAUUCAAGCAGCUGAAACGUUGGUUAAUAGUGAAAAAAAAAAGAGAAACAAUCGAUGGAAAUCAUACUAUGCAAAUAAUGUAUGGGAAAAUAGAACUAGUCCACCAGAAAACUGGAAUGAACCAUUGCCAGAUUAUAUAGCAAAACGAAGACAAAAUUCAACAUUAAAGGAUACAUUUGAGGAGUAUAAUGCAGAAAUAGAUAAUAAAUCAUUUUGUUUAAUAAUGUGAAAUUUGUAUACAAAUAUUUUCUUAAGUUGGUUAAUGUUAUCAUAUUAUUUAGUAAUUAUGAGGUUUUUAUUUAGAAACCAACUGUUGAAAAUAAAAUAGUAUUCUAUCAGUUAUAUCAUAUGAGAUUCUUGAAUAAUAUACAAUACAAUUAUUGUAUUUAUCCUGUUAAA